UCCAUUAUUCUGAUUCCUUUAAACUAUUUGCAGCCUUUUCUUUCUUCCUUUUGUGUUGAAGAAGAAGAAGAAAAAGCUUUCAGCUUUAGGUGCCUGUUGAUUGUUACAACUCAGUUGCAGCCAGUUCUUUACUGGGUAUGUCUCCUUUUCCAGUUUUAUCACUUUUAUCAAUUGCCUGUUAGGAAUGUAGGGAGAAUUAAAGUGGGAAAUAGUGGCCAAUGCACCGGGUGUUUGAGAUCUCUGAUAAUUGUUGUAAAAAGCUUUGUUGUUUUAUUGCUCUUCUCAAUGGAAACUAGUGGUGGUGUGUUUUCUGGGAUUGGUCCUGGACUUUUAGGUCUUGAAAUGCCAUUAAACCCACAAAUUCAUCCUCAUCAACAACAAGAACAAUCUAGGAAUCCCCCAACUGCCCAAAACUUGCCUCAAUUUCAUAGUAAUACCCCACAAAUGGUUGUUUUUUCUUCUCAUCGUGAAACCGACCACUCACUGCACCAGCAGCAGCCUGUUAAACAAGGCUACCCUAUUGGUUCCAAGGCCAAGCAACAGUCCCCUCUGAGUGAUGAAGAUGAACAUGGGUUUAACCCUGAUGAUGGCUUUGCUGCUGAUGCCAAGAGAGAGGCUUCUCCAUGGCAAAGGAUGAAAUGGACUGAUAGCGUGGUUAGGUUUCUUAUAAUGGCGGUUUAUUAUAUCGGAGAUGAAGGUGGAUCAGAAGGGAAUAUAUCGGAUCCUACUGGCAAGAAUAAGGUUGGUGGUGGAUUAUUGCAGAAGAAAGGGAAAUGGAAGUCGGUUUCGAGGGCUAUGAUGGAGAAAGGGUUUUAUGUUUCACCACAGCAAUGUGAAGAUAAGUUCAAUGAUUUGAACAAGAGGUAUAAGAGGGUUAAUGAUAUACUUGGUAGAGGGACUGCUUGUAAAGUGGUGGAGAAUCAAAGCUUGCUUGAUUCCAUGGAUUUGUCUCCCAAAUUGAAGGAAGAAGUUCGGAAAUUGCUGAAUUCUAAGCACUUGUUUUUCAGGGAAAUGUGUGCUUAUCAUAACAGUUGUGGCCAUGGUGCUGGGGCUUCUGCUGCUGGUGCUAAUCAGUCACCGGAGGUGGCUACUGAGAUAUCACAGGUUCAGCACCAGCAAUGUCUCCAUUCGUCCGAUAAUUCUCAAAUUGUCGGAAAUUUAGGUGGAAUUGAGACAGAGUCAUCGAAAUUGGCUAAAGUAGACAGUGAAGAAGAGGAUGAAGAUGAGGAUGACGGUGACAAUGAGGACGGUGAUGAAGAUGAUGAUGAUGAUGAUGGGGCAGUCGAUGGUCACUCAAGGGGGAAGCAAGAUGAUGAAGAUAACCGUGGAAAGCCUUCUCGUAAAAGGCCAAGAAAGGGAGCAUAUGCAAUGUCACCAACGCCAAUGAUUCAACAAUUGAGCUGUGAAGUUAUGAACGUGAUGCAAGACGGGUCGAAGAGUGUCUCGGAAAAGAAGCAUUGGAUGAAAAUGAGGCUGCUGCAAUUGGAAGAGCAGCAAGUCAGCUACCAAUACCAAGCAUUCCAGCUGGAGAAGCAAAGGCUCAAGUGGUUGAAAUUUAGUGUCAAGAAAGAAAGGGGAAUGGAGAGAGCAAAGCUUGAGAACGAGCGAAGGCGGCUCAAAAACGAGAGAAUGGUGCUGUUUCUUAGGAAGAAAGAGUUUGAAGUGUUUGAUCUUCAUCAGCCUCAGCCCUUACCUCAACCUCAUAUGCAUUCUUGUAACAACAUCUAACAUAUCUGGAUGAAAAAACUAAACAUGUGAAGGGGGGUCACAUAAGAUAGAGAUUUUAGAGUUUAUAUAAGAUAUAGAGACUGACUAUAUCAUAAAGUGUUCUGUCAAAAAUUUGGUUACGAAAAUCUAUGUUCUCAAACAUAUGAAUUCUAUAUUUGAUUUGUUCUCUUGAA